UCAAAAAUGAAAAGGUAAACAAGGCAAGCACACAUCCCUGGAAACAGGACAAAUCGGAUCAUAUACCUGUGAGAUCUAUGAAGGAAAACAAACUCUAUGACAACUGUGCUUUAUUCCAUCCUGAAAACGGGGGUCAAAGUUCGGAGAGAGCUCUACGUAUCCUAUUCGCACCAGAUGGUUUUGAGCAGGAAACCGGGUUUCUAAUUCUCUUCAGCCAGAAAGAUAUAGACGAAUGUGCACAGGAAACUGAACCUUGUGACACCAACGCUGAAUGUUUCAACACUGACGGCUCCUUUCGCUGUGAAUGCAAGGAGGGAUUUAUCGGAGACGGGUUUCAAUGUGACCAAGUUACAACCACUACCACACCUACCACACCUACCACACCUAUCACACCUACCACACCUACCACACCUACCACCACAAAGGAUCCCAGACGACUUCCGCUAAUCCUGACCUCCCUCGGGACUGCUGCAGUCGCCAGUGGUGUCGGGUUGUUGGUUCUUCUGUUUGGCCUCAGUACCAACGGUUAAAUUAUGUAUUUCUGUGGCAGAAGUAGAUGGAAAUGUUUAUGAUUCUGCAAGAGUAA